GGUCUUUGGUCACAUGUUUUUUUGAAUCAUACAGUACGCAGUUCACGAUACGAUUUAUGUGAUAAAAGUAUUUUAUAAAUACAUAUACAUAUAUGAAAAAGACAAUAAGGUGUGGCCACGAGGUUCAGUAGUAGUUGUAGUCCGCGUCACAACAUAAAAAUAAAAAGUAAUAACUGAAGUUGCUGGUAGACAGAAGGAACAAAAGCCGAGAACCAGCUGACAGUCUAUUGCUACCGUCUGAGUGCAUCCAAGUAACAUGGCCACCAUGUUGUCCCGGACAAUUGUCCGCUUAAACUCUAAAAUUCUUUCAAAAACUAACGGGCUGGUGAAACAACCGGUAAGAAGAUUGAAUGUCCAUGAGCACAUUUCCUACAGCUUGCUCAAUGAAGCCGGCAUACCAACUCCGAAAUUUGGAGUCGCUAAGACUCCGGAUGAAGCUGCUGCGUUCGCUGCCAGUCUCAAGACCAAGGACAUCGUGCUGAAGGCACAGGUUUUAGCUGGUGGACGUGGAAAGGGACACUUUAAGGACAGCUCUGUCAGUGGAGUAAAGAUGUGCGAGACACCGGAAGAAGCCAAAGCUUUAGCUGCCCAGAUGUUGGGAAAAUUAUUAAUCACCAAACAAACUGGUGAGGGUGGCAGAAUAUGUAACGCCGUAAUGGUUGCGCAGAGAAUGUUUCCUCGUAAAGAAUAUUAUCUUGCUGUCAUGAUGGAGCGAGCCUUUGGAGGUCCUGUGAUAAUUGCCUCAAGUCAAGGAGGUGUAAAUAUUGAGGAAGUAGCAGCCACAAACCCAGAUGCUAUCAUGUAUGAACCAAUAGACAUCAACAAAGGCAUUACUAAAGAGCAAGCGAAUAGAAUUGCCGAAAAACUUGGUCUGGGACACGUCAAAGACUACAUAUCUAACAUAAUUUUAAAUCUUUACGCCAUGUUUCUGAAGAAAGACGCACUUUUGCUUGAGGUUAAUCCUCUUGCCGAAGACAUCCAAGGCAACUACUUUGCCCUUGAUUGCAAGUGUAGAUUCGAUGACAACGCCGAGUUCCGGCAAAAAGAACUUUUCGCUCUGCGGGAUUGGACUCAAGAAGAUCCCAAAGAGGUCGAGGCUGCCAAGUUCGAGCUCAAUUACAUUGCGCUUGAUGGUAACAUCGGGUGCAUGGUUAAUGGGGCUGGUUUAGCCAUGGCUACCAUGGAUAUUAUUAAACUCCAUGGUGGAGAACCCGCUAACUUCUUGGAUGUCGGUGGCGGUGCUACUGCAUCUGCAGUAAAAGAAGCCUUCAAAAUCAUCACAUCUGAUUCUAAGGUUCAUGCUUUGUUGGUUAAUAUCUUUGGAGGUAUUAUGAGAUGUGAUGUAAUCGCCGAAGGUAUUAUUGCUGCGACAAAAGAAUUAGAUCUUAAGAUUCCCGUUGUUGUGAGGCUUCAGGGAACAAAUGUUGACGAAGCUAAAGCUUUGAUUGCUAACGCAGGACUAAAAAUUGUACCAGUUGAUGAUCUUGAUGAAGCAGCUCGUAUUGCUGUUAAAUUAUCAACAAUUGUUAAAUUAGCCCAUUCAGCCAACCUCAGUGUUAAUUUUGAAAUUCCUCAAAUUUCAUAAAUUUACCGGCAGUAAUCAAAUUUUAAAAAUAAUUGAGAUUAAAAAAAUAUAAUAAUUAUUUCGUUUAAAAUUAAAGCGAAAAAAUCUAUCAUAGUGAAGGUCUAUAAAUUAAAUUAACGUUUCUGUUUUUAUAAAUUUAGCAUAACUAUUUUUUAAAUUUAUGUUGAAGUCAAACAGGGAAAGGCAAAUAUGUGAAAAUUACAUUUUUCAUUAAUAAUAUAAAUACAUUUGUAAAUUAAUACACAUAUCGCUUCGCGGUACUGACAGACUUAUAAAUGUUAUUUGUUUAACUUAAAUAUUUAUCAUAUUGAUAUAUAUAAUUAAAUAAUAUUAAUAUGAAGAACGUUAAAUAGUUGAAUGAAAAAUUUCGGUUUAACAAAAAGUAGCAGCAACUAAUAAAAUAAUUAGAAGGCACUUUUAUUUUAUUAUUAUUUUCGUUUUUAUUAUAGUGCUUUAGAUCGACAGAUCUGCGAUUCAGUAUUAAGAUUUUAUUUUAUUUAAAUGCCUGCGUCAUUUGAAGAUUUAAACUCAAUAAAUAAAUAAUACUUCCAAUUGUCCUGCGGAAGCUAUUGAUUUAAUUAUAAAUAAUAAUUAAUAAUAAUAUCAAUGUAUAUAAAAUUAUUUUUUAUUAAUUAUUAUUAUUAACUGGCUAAUUUAAUUUUCAUUUGCCAAUUUAAUUCACUAUUUAUUACCAAUAAAAUGGAUAAAUUAAAUAAAAACUUUUUACUGAUUAUUUUUUAAAUACUAAAUUCCCUCGACCUCAAAUAUAUUUUUUUAAUAUUUAUUAUCUGUAGUUUUUUAAAUUUAAUUAUUUGUUUAAAGUUUAUAAACUGUCUCAUAUCUGG